AUGGCACGUAAUGAAGAGAAGGCUCAAUCCAUGCUGUACCGAUUUCGGGAGGCUCAAGCUGCCGAAUUGGGUCUUGUUCCCAAAAAGCGAGAACGUCGUCCAGCAUUGGCAUCCAGCGUCAACACAGUAGGCGAGUGUGAAAAGUGGCGACGACAACUUUUGAAUAUGAUAGCACGCAAAGUAUCAAAGAUCCAGGAUGUCAGCUUAUCCGAUUACCAAGUACGCGACCUGAACGAUGAGAUCAACAAGCUUUUAAGAGAGAAAUCCCACUGGGAACGACGUAUCAGACAACUAGGAGGUGCCAUUUAUGCUGCUCCAAAAAUGAUUGACAAUGAAGGCAGAGAAGUACCUGGCAAUCGAGGAUACAAAUAUUUCGGUCGUGCACGUGAUUUGCCAGGUGUUCGUGAGCUCUUUGAGAUGGAAACCCAACAAGAACCCGUAUCUCGUUCACGGACGGAGCUAUACAAGAAUGUGGAUGCUGAUUACUAUGGCUAUCGGGAUGAGGAGGAUGGUGUACUGGUGCAUUACGAAGAAGAGCGUGAAAAACAACUCUUGGAGGAAGUCGAGGAGGAGGAGAAGCAAUCAACGGCCAACGAAGAAAAGGAAGCUGAAAAGGAGAUUGAAAAUUAUAAUGCUACACCCUUUGUGCCAACUCGAAAACAAGUGGAAGAAUAUCUUGUAAAGCGACGAAAGGAGCAGCUUAUGGAGAAAUACGUGUCUACUGAGCUGGCGCAGAAUGUAAAGGAGACUGAAGAGUUGACAGGUCAACGUUAA